GCGCCUUGGGGGUGUCGUGUCUCAUCUCAUCCACCGCCUCCUAACGUCACAAAACCAAAUCACAAAUCCGCAUAAACUAAUAUAUAUAUAAACCAUAACAGAAAGGUCUAGGAUGACAAGUCCAGCUUCAGUGCCGUCCUCACCCACCGUCUCAACUCUCGAACCCCUCUUCACGUUCCUCGCCAACGCACUGACGACGGUCGAAACGUCGUUCAACAAGUUACCCGGUUCGCAAGUCAUCCAGCGCUAUGUUCGAAGCUCGCAUCAGAACGAUCCAGGCAGGACUAUUUUAGAGCUUAUACUUGUCGUGUUUGCGAUUCGAACUUUGCUGCAGUCGAGGACGAGGGCGAAUCAGAAGCAUUUUAUUCAGUUUAGUGAUAAAGAAAUCGACGAGUUGGUGGAGGAGUGGACGCCGGAGCCGUUAGGACACGAGUUGACGCCGACGGAGCAGGCUGACCUGGCAGCCGUACCGAUCGUCGCUGGGCCGAAUGGACCGAAACCCAAGCUGGUCUCGACGGGCAAGACGGCGCUCAACCUCGCCAGCCUGAAUUUCGCGGGUCUCGCUGGCAACGAGCACAUCAAAGAGCGCGCCGUUGAGACGCUGCGGAAAUAUGGUUUGGGAAGCUGCGGGCCUCCUGGGUUCUAUGGUACUCUCGACGUGCACAUCGACCUCGAACGCGACAUUGCAGAUUUCCUCGGCACGGAAGCAUCCAUCCUCUACUCGCAAGGAUUCUCCACCGUCUCCUCCGUCAUCCCCGCCUUCUGCAAGCGCGGCGACAUCAUCGUCGCCGACCGGGCUGUCAACUUUGCCAUCCAGAAGGGCAUCCAGAUCUCCCGCUCGACGGUGCGGUGGUACGACCAUAAUGAUUUGAAGAGCCUCGAGGAGGUGUUGAUCCAGGUUGAGAAGGAGAGGAAGAGGAAGAGGGGGCCGUUGACCAGGCGGUUUAUUAUUACGGAGGGUAUUUUUGAGAGGGAUGGUGCGAUGGUUGAUUUGCCUAAACUUAUCGAGCUCAAGCAAAAGUACAAAUACCGCCUCAUCCUCGACGAGAGCUACUCCUUCGGUUCGGUCGGGCGUACCGGGCGUGGUCUCACCGAAGUCUACAACGUCCCAGCCUCAAAGGUCGACAUGCUCCUCGGCUCAGCGGCGAUCGGGCUCUGCGCUGCAGGCGGGUUCUGCGCCGGCUCGCAAAUCGUCGUCGACCACCAGCGCAUCAACGGUCCGUCAUUCGUGUUCUCGGCUGCCAUGCCUGCCUUGCUGGCUGUCAGCGCUUCGGAGGGUAUCAACAUCUUCCGUUCUACGCCGUCGAUCUUUGAGACGCUGCAGGAGAAUAUUAGGGCUGCCCGCGCGAUCCUGGAUAAAUUGGAUUGUAUUCAUAUCCCUUCGCAUCCGGCUUCGCCCAUCAUCCAUAUCACGCUCAAGACGCCCUCGCAAGCGCCCGUCUCAGCGGGCCUGCACCCCUCGUCCGCUGCACUCAUCAGUCCCACCAAAGCCCAGAAGGACAACAGCAAGAGGGAGUGGGAUGUGGAUUUGGAGGAGCGGAUGUUGCAGGAGGUUGUGGAGGAUGCGUUGGCGCAGGGUGUGAUGAUUACGAGGGCGAAGAGGUUGAGGGGACAGGAGUGGAAUGAGCCGAGGCCGAGUAUCAGGCUUGCGCUUACGGCUGGGUUGACGCGGAAGGAGACAGAGAAAGCGGUUAAUGUUGUGAAGGCUGCGUUGGUUAAGGUUGUUGCGAAGAGGAAGUAG